AUGGAUUUCCUCGAUUUGCCGCCAGAUGAACCAGAGUCGCUCUCGAUGGUGCCAGAAGAAAACGUGCGGGCGUCGUUAUCGAAAAGCCUAGGAAACGCCUCACAUCCUGAAGAACAGGACGACUUACCGGAAUUAAGAAACACUCCUCGAAUGGAGUCGGUUUCUUCCAGACGGUCCACCAUAACCAGUCCUCUGCCGCAGUCUGUCGACAAGAAACGCAAGGACAACAUGAACGAGAAGAUAUACGAGCUCUACGAUGCUAUUCCUGAGGAGCUGUUCCAAACAAGUAAGGACAAGGCUUCGGGCACUAAAGACGGCAAACCAAACAAGGGCCAGAUCCUAAGCAAAGCUGUUGAGUAUAUCACGCAUUUGCAAGGCGAGAUUGAUGAAAAGAACAGAAAAGAAGUUGAGUUGAGCAUACGGUUGCGCAACCUGGAGAUCUCAAACAACGUGCCGGCGUCCAAGAGAUUCAAUCUGCUUCACACGAGUGCCGAGCUGGGAUUGGCCAAGAUCGGCGUGGGUCCACUGGCCCAGGAGCUGAACGAGUCUCCGCAGCCGUGA